GAAAGAGGAACGCUCGGGCGGCAGUCUAAGCGCCCCCGCCCCUCGGUACGAGGCGGCAGCGGUGGUGGCGCGGGUGCGGCGCUCGCGGCCUGGCACGAGGGCGCGCGGCCAGUAGUGUGGCGCAGCCAUGUCGGGUCCGGCGCGUGCGCGCCUCCUUGCGAUCCAGCUCGUGCCCGCUACCCUUCUGCUGCUCUACUGGAUUCCUUCACCUGUUUCAGCUGUUAUUUGCAACCAGACUGUAUGUGAUUGUACUGGUCUUAAAGGUGACCGUGGAGACCAAGGUUAUCGAGGAAUACCAGGUCCUCAGGGUGACUAUGGAGACGAUGGACCUGAAGGUCGUAUCGGGGUACCAGGAGAACCUGGCGAAUGGGGCCAACAAGGUGACUACGGCGACAAAGGAGAACGGGGUAUUGAUGGACCUUAUGGAGUUAGAGGAUAUACUGGACCCCAGGGUCAAAUCGGGUUAGAAGGUAUACGGGGCUUAGCGGGACUAGAUGGAUGUAGUGGUGUAGAUGGUGAAAUAGGAGUUCCGGGACCGCAAGGGUACCCGGGGGAUAGAGGGUUGCCUGGACCAUAUGGAGAAAAAGGAUUACAAGGCUUAGCUGGAGAAGGAGGAGUAAAUUCAAGAGGUGCUAAAGGAGACCAAGGUGAUUUCGGACGACAUGGACUCAUUGGUCCGCCAGGUCCAACUGGAUGGAGAGGGGAUAGCGGCCCGCCAGGUGAAGAUGGUGAUCAGGGAUCCAUGGGUUUUCGAGGAGAAAUAGGAUAUAGAGGGGAUACUGGUGAUGACGUUGUAGGCCCACCAGGAGAAAAAGGAGAUCAAGGAGAAAUCGGUGAACCUGGAAGACCAACAGAAGUAGUUUAUAUCGACCAUGUACAACAAAACUUUACUAUCUUAGCAAAAGGAAAUAAAGGUGAUAAAGGAUAUCAAGGUGCUCAGGGUGUUAAGGGAUUGAAAGGAGAACUAGGUUCUACAGGUGCUCCGGGACGUUAUGGAACUAAUGGACCUCAAGGCUACAAAGGUGAUCAAGGUGUUGAGGGUCCCAGGGGUAAAACUGGUUAUCGUGGUAAAGCUGGACCUCUUGGACCGAAAGGUGAUAAAGGUUGGCCAGGAUAUGAUGGACCAAAUGGAGAAGAUGGUCUUUCUGGAGCAAUUGGAGAAGAUGGUAAACCAGGUAUACCUGGUGAACAAGGGCCAAUGGGAGAAGUAGGAAUUUACGAUGAAAGAUUAAAUGAACCACUUUUACCUGGCUCAAUGGGACCGCAAGGACCAAUUGGUUACGGUGGUCCUAUAGGACUUAGAGGUGCUGAUGGUGUUCCUGGAUUACCUGGUAUAAUGGGCCCAUCGGGGUUGCCUGGUACUAAAGGUCUUCCUGGUAGAGCAGGGCCACCUGGAACCUCUGUAAAAGGAGAACCUGGAGACGAUGGUUUUAAAGGUUUGCCUGGACCCAUGGGCCCAAUGGGCAAACCCGGUCUUCCCGGUGUUCUGGGACCUAAAGGUUUUAAGGGAGCAACUGUAGUAGGUCCAGAUGGAGAGGGAGGUGAACCAGGAAUGGAUGGAUUGCCAGGUUUAAGAGGUGAUAGAGGAGAGGUAGGGUAUAUGGGACCACCAGGUUAUCCUGGACGUGGUGUAACUGGUGUUGGUCCACCAGGAGAUGAUGGGCCAAUAGGUCGUCCAGGAGCAGUUGGUGACCCAGGAGAACCCGGAAGACCAGGUUUUCUUGGAUAUAAAGGAGACCGUGGUGACGAUUGUCCUUACUGCCCAUCAGGUCUACCUGGAUCUAAGGGACAAAGAGGAGAUGAUGGUUUUCCAGGCCAAAAGGGUUACCCAGGAUUCGAAGGUUUACCUGGCCCUCGCGGACAAAAGGGACAAUCGGGUUUACCAGGUUUACAUGGACCACCAGGUCCAAAGGGUAAUAAAGGUCAAUCGGGAAUGGCCGGAGCACAAGGACCGAAAGGACGGAAAGGUCUGCUUAUACAACCGCCACUCUCUUUAACUAAAGCUGAACCUGGACCCCGUGGUAACCCAGGUUUUGCUGGUAGUCCUGGCUUUCGCGGCGAUCCUGGUUGGCCUGGACCACCUGGCCCUCAUGGCUUUAAGGGUCUCAAAGGCUUAAUGGGUGAUGAAGGUUUCGCUGGUUCACCUGGUCGUAAUGGAUCUAAAGGCCGAGAUGGAUUACCUGGAUGGGAUGGGACAAAUGCUGAUGUACCAAUGGCUUUUCUUUUUGGUGAAAAGGGAGAUAUAGGCAUAAAGGGAGAACGGGGUGAACCUGGAGAAGAUGGCUUAAAAGGUGACGCUGGAGACGCGCUUGGUUUUGAAAUCAAUUCAAAGGGACAGAAAGGAAUAACAGGACCACCUGGAAUACGUGGGUUUACUGGAAGAAAGGGAGAAGCUGGAGAUAUUGGAUACGGCGGAUUUCAAGGUCGAAGAGGUGACAUGGGUAUCCCAGGUAUUUCACAACAAGGACCUAUAGGUGCUAGAGGAUUUCCUGGUGAUAAAGGUGACACUGGUCCCUAUGGAGAACCAGGUAAUCCAGGACAACAAGGACCAAUAGGAUUCUCUGCAGAAAAGGGAAAAAAAGGGUCACGUGGAGAUGUCGGUUACUCUAUUAUAUAUGGUGAAAGAGGCAUUGACGGAACAAAGGGGGAUGCGGGAGAUGAGGGCCCAUCUGGAUACCCGGGAUCACCUGGCCGAGCUGGAGUAAUGGGAUCUAAAGGAGAAACAGGAAUUCCCGGAGACACUGGUCCACUAGGCCCAUUCGGACCUCCGGGUCGAAAAGGUCAACCAGGAAUAGUGGUACAAGGAGCUCGUGGACUACCUGGCAUACCUGGAAGACCCGGAUUUAUUGGCAUAAUCGGUCAACCAGGCUUACAAGGAAAUCAUGGUUUACAAGGUGAUGUUGGGCAAAAAGGAACAAAAGGUGAAGCGGGCCUAAUUGGAAUUAGAGGGUGGACUGGCGAACGAGGUUUUCCAGGAAUCGUCGGAUUUCAAGGAUUUAUAGGAAGACCUGGUAUUCAUGGAGAAACUGGGGAGCGAGGUGUGUCAGGUAUUACAGGAAAUAGAGGUUUACCAGGUAAGCCAGGACUACGCGGAUUACAAGGAAAUAAGGGACCUUAUGGUGAUGCAGGUAAUCCUGGUGAAGAUGGCUUAGAUGGAUGGCCCGGUGUGAAAGGACAAAUAGGAGAUAUAGGUUUCAUGGGUCUUCAAGGUAUACGUGGAGAAAACGCUUCUAAAGGUAUGAAAGGUGAUAUAGGAAACCCAGGUUAUAGAGGACUCGAUGGAAGGCCCGGAAUUUAUGGUCAAAAAGGAAGAAAGGGUGAUAGAGGAAGUCGUGGAUUUGAUAUAAGGGGACGUGAUGGCCUUAAAGGUCUACCAGGUAACACAGGAAUACCAGGUCGACAAGGAUUAAAGGGAAUUAAAGGACAAAUUGGCGAUUACGGUGAAGAGGGUACGAAAGGCCCGAUCGGAGAUAAAGGUUAUGAAGGCCUUCCUGGUCAACCUGGAUUACCAGGAUAUAAUGGACCUAAAGGCAUGCAAGGAGGUAUAGGUUUUGCUGGAAGAUCUGGACUGAAAGGCGAUUAUGGCGAUAGUGGUGAACCUGGUCAGAUGGGUGUGCCUGGUUUCCCUGGCGAUGUUGGGUUACCUGGACUUGAAGGGAUUAGAGGUGACAUGGGUCCUAAAGGAGAACGCGGUGACAUAGGUCCAAGCAGUUAUUCGCCAGCAACAAAAGGUGAAAUGGGUGAUAUAGGAAUGGAAGGAUUAGAAGGUUUACCUGGAGAUAGAGGAGAUGUAGGUUUCACUGGAAUUAAAGGUUUUAAAGGAGAACAAGGUGACAUAGGGUUUCAAGGAGAGUUUGGUGAUGAUGGACUACCUGGUCUUAAGGGACAAUCUGGAGAUAUUGGCCCUCCUGGCUUACCUGGUCUUGAUGGAAUUAAUGCAGUACAGGGCGAAAAAGGUAAAAAUGGAAUAGAUGGGCUUCCUGGGUGGCCUGGUUCAAUGGGACAAAAAGGUGCUCCGGGUGAAAAUGGAGCUGAUGGCCCGGAAGGAACUCGUGGUCAUCCUGGAUUGAGUUUCCAAGGACCAAAAGGCAUAACAGGAAGUGUUGGUCGCCCUGGAAGACGUGGAAACAUGGGUAUACCUGGUGCUCGAGGUAUGGAAGGAAAUCCUGGUUUCAUGGGACCUAAGGGCGAAAUUGGUGAACCUGGAUUUGCUAUAAGUCCUAAAGGGGAAAGAGGAGAUUAUGGUAUACCUGGAUUUAAUGGCAUAAAAGGUAUGCGAGGAGACAAUGGUGAUUCUGGUUUAAAUGGCUAUCGAGGAUAUAUGGGAGAAGUAGGUAUGAAAGGUCUAAUAGGUGAUGAGGGUGAAGACGGUUUACAAGGAUAUUUGGGUCUUAAAGGUAUUAAAGGUGAAAGAGGCGACACUGUCCUCCCUCAUGAAGUAAACCCUGGAGAACAAGGUGAUAUAGGUAUAGCAGGCUUUGAUGGCCGCGACGGAGUUCCAGGAGCACCUGGUAGCUUUGGACAAAAUGGACUUCCCGGUUUCAAGGGUGAAAUUGGUGAUUUGGGCGAAUUAGGACCUUCUGGUUAUCCUGGACCUCAAGGAGAACAGGGCCUGAUAGGUCGACGAGGAGAAGUUGGAUUUGAUGGAUCGCGUGGACCUCCAGGGCUUCCCGGAACACCGGCUCCGCCACCACCUAUACCAAAAUCGAGAGGUUUUUACUUUGCAGUCCAUUCACAAACAAGAAUGAUUCCUCAAUGUCCUUCUGGGACAUCACCUAUGUGGGAUGGAUUCUCAUUGAUACACAUAGUCGCUAGCGCCAAAGCACAUGGCCAAGAUUUAGGUGCCCCUGGAAGUUGCUUACGAAGAUUUUCUACGAUGCCUUUCAUGUUUUGUAACAUUAACAACGUAUGUGAUUUCGCCCAAAGAGAAGACUAUAGUUUCUGGCUAUCAACACCGGAACCUAUGCCAAUGGCUAUGACGCCAAUUCAAGCUAGAGAUGUAGGGUCAUAUAUUUCAAGAUGUCAAGUAUGUGAAUCAUCGACAAGAACUAUAGCUUUGCAUAGUCAAAAUAACACGGUGCCAAUGUGUCCGAGCGGCUGGGAAGAGUUAUGGAUAGGAUAUAGUUUCCUUAUGCAUACGGCUGGAGCAGAUGCAGCGGGACAGAGUCUAAUUUCACCUGGUUCAUGUCUCCGCGAAUUUAGAACUCAACCGUUUAUUGAAUGCAACGGACUCGGUCGGUGCAACUACUUCGCUACGGCAGUAUCAUACUGGUUGUCGACCAUUGAUGACGACAAAAUGUUCCAAAAACCAGAGCAACAAACUUUAAAGUCAGAUCAAGUGUCUAAAGUCAGCCGAUGUGCAGUAUGUAUGAGACGACAACCGGGCCCGACUGCGAAAACAGCGUAUCAAGGCAGCGCCGGGGCAGUGGAGGCUGUCCCGAACGAGGCACGUCGCCGACCGUUCUAUCGAGGCAGACAUCGCGUAGGCGGCCAACGACAUAUUCGUGGCAGAGCUCGUUAUUAAAUAGGCUAUUACUCAUGAAUUAUACAGUAUAAAAUAGAAACUUACAAGAAUAGGUGUCCUUAAAACUUAUGCGAGUACUUAGUCAAUAAAAUAUGAAGGUAUUUAUGCUUAUUGUGCCACUUAUAUACGAUUAAAAAUAAACGAAAAGUCAUAACACUGUCGAUACGCAUUUAAAUAAAUUUAAUUUAAUUUUAAUA